AAAAUCAGUCAGACUGAAGAAAUGUGGGAGCCGGGCUUUAUGGAGAAUCUGUUCGGAGAUAAUUAAACUCAACAGGCGUCAGUUCAGAGGAGAGUUGUCUACGAUGAGGUAUGAUGGACCCAAGUGUGCGGUGAGCCCUCCAACAGGCUGACCAAAACGCAAACAAUAAUUUAAAAAAAAUAGUCCUGCAGAAAUCCAGGAAUUACGCAUCCUGCUCGUCGAUAUCCAACAGGAACAUCUGGAAAUAUGGGAGUGUGUUCACGCAUCUGCAGUUGUGGAUUUUAGGCCGACCGAGCAGAGGAGGAGAUUUAACCGUGAGGAGCUCCCGGUAGGAUGAGACAACCGGGCAGAGAGUGACGGCAAAACCCGGAACUGACAGAGAGUAGAAUAAAAAAAAAAAUUACUAACACAAAGAUGAAGGAGAAAUCUAAAAACGCGGCCCGGACUCGACGGGAAAAAGAAAACAGUGAGUUUUAUGAACUGGCCAAACUGCUGCCGCUGCCCUCCGCCAUCACCUCCCAGCUGGACAAAGCGUCCAUCAUCCGGCUGACCACCAGCUACCUGAAGAUGAGGAUCGUGUUCCCUGAAGGUCUGGGGGAGUCCUGGGGUCACGUGAGCCGCAGCUCUCUGGAUGGAGUCACUCAGGAGCUUGGCUCACACCUCUUACAGACGUUAGACGGCUUCAUUUUCGUGGUGGCUCCAGACGGUAAAAUAAUGUACAUAUCAGAGACGGCAUCGGUCCACCUGGGCCUGUCACAGGUCGAGCUGACGGGAAACAGCAUCUAUGAAUACAUCCACCCAGCAGACCACGAUGAAAUGACGGCCGUCCUCACAGCACACCAGCCUUACCACUCACACUUUGUCCACGAAUAUGAGAUGGAGCGCUCCUUCUUUCUGAGGAUGAAAUGUGUCCUCGCUAAAAGAAACGCUGGUCUCACCUGUGGAGGAUACAAGGUGAUCCACUGCAGCGGCUACCUGAAGAUCCGUCAGUACAGCCUGGACAUGUCUCCAUUCGACGGCUGCUAUCAGAACGUCGGGCUGGUGGCCGUCGGUCACUCUCUGCCGCCGAGCGCUGUCACAGAAAUCAAACUGCACAGCAACAUGUUCAUGUUCAGAGCCAGCCUGGACAUGAAGCUCAUCUUCCUCGACUCACGGGUUGCAGAGCUGACAGGAUAUGAACCUCAGGAUCUGAUCGAGAAGACUCUGUAUCAUCACGUCCACAGCUGCGACUCCUUCCACCUGCGCUGUGCUCAUCACUUGUUGCUGGUCAAAGGCCAGGUCACCACCAAGUACUACCGUUUCCUGGCCAAGCCUGGCGGCUGGGUCUGGGUUCAGAGUUAUGCAACCAUCGUCCACAACAGCCGCUCAUCGAGACCUCACUGCAUCGUCAGUGUCAACUACGUUCUCACGGAGACUGAAUAUAAAGGCCUCCAGCUUUCUCUGGACCAGACAACAUCCAAGGCCUCUUUCCCCUACGGCACCAGCACCACCGGCAGCCUCCCAGAGACCUGCAGAACCCCCAAGAGCCGAGUAUCCCGACCCAAGACCAAAACUAGACUCUCGCCAUACACACAGUAUCCCAGCUUCCAGACAGAGCGAUCAGAGUCAGACCAGGACAGUCCGUGGGGCAGCAGCCCCCUCACAGACUCCGCCUCCCCUCAGCUGCUGGAGCACAGUGACGGACUGGACGCCUCCUGUGUGUACAGACAGUUUUCUGAUCCUCGAACUCUCUGCUACAGCUUGUCCGAGGGGCAGCAUCACACCAGCAGCGACGGCUACACACACCUCCACGCUCAUGGUCAGGGUCAGAGCUGCGAGAGGGGUCGAUGUGAGGCGGGCCGAUAUUUUCUCGGAGCUCCUCCGUCUGGCAGGGAUGCGUGGUGGGGAACCGCCUGCUCCGUCCUACCUUUGAGUAAAAGCUCCUUGGAGAACCACGAGGGAUAUGACAGCAGCACGCCUCACAUCACAGCCAUCCACAGCUACCAUGGCCGGGGCCACUGGGACGAGGACAGCGUCGUCAGCUCUCCAGACGGAGGCUCGGCCAGUGACUCAGGGGAUCGUUACCCAGCCGACCACUACCACUGCAGCCCCCAGCAACCCAGCAAGAUCGAGACGCUGAUCCGAGCAACGCAGCAGAUGAUCAAGGAGGAGGAGAACCGGCUGCAGUCGCGUAAGGGCCUUCUGGAUACCACUUUUGGGCCAGCCAAUGGACUUCCCAAAGGCCCUGGACCUUGCUUAACUCCAGAGUUUACUCAAGGGUCUCUCCCACUACAGAGCGCUGUGUGUCGAGGUUUAAGUCAGGUGAGCAGCCCUGCGCCUAGCCCGGUCCCCAUUUCUAGGCUCAGCAGCCCGGGGUCUGAGCGCCUCAACAAGCCCAAAGACUACCUCCAGACGGACCUGUCCCCGCUUUCUUUGCCAUUACACCCCCCGUUCGGUCGGCCGGGCGCGUGCUCAGCUUCCCCGACCCCAGCACCAGCCCUCUACCCCUCCUACAGCCACCCACGGCCCUACUUGGACAAACACACAGCCUACUCCCUGACAGGCUAUACCCUGGAGCACCUGUAUGACCCAGAGAACCUCCGGGGUUACUGCUCCUCCGCCAGCACAGGCCCCACCCACUACGAUAUGACCCCUCACCUCCGCAUGCCGGCGGAGCAGACCUCCGGACACAAAGGCACCUCCGUCAUCAUCACCAACGGCAGCUAGCGCUCAUCUCAAACACCCUGUGGGACUGUUUCACACCGCUAACAACAUGAAGCCAUCUUCAGAAGUUAGCUUGUUUCUUCAUCAUACUGAUCAAUGCUCAGCCAAACCUUUUACUUAUUUGGGGGUCUAAAUGAUUGACAGGAACAAAAAGUGUCAUCGUGUUUCUCAGCCUCAGCUGGCGGCAGGAUUUGGUUCUUUAAGGAAAAUAGAAUUGUACUCUUUUCACAAGAAUAGCAACGUUACCUGGCAGAGUGUAGGACUCUCUGGUUCAUCACUGAAACUAUCUGUAAGAUAGUGAGAGACUUUUGGGGUUACAGUCAGUUAUUUUGGCUCCAACACAACAUUUGUGGAACACACAAUAACACCAACAAGCUAACUGACUGAGGCAGCAGCAGCAGGCCAGAAGGGUAGAUUACAUCCAUUUUCACACAUGCAGCUCUAAAAAUAGCUUCACAACUUCAGGUAGACUGCCACUAAAACCUCAACGAGUUGCUUGUUCACACAUGCACCUCACAGGGGGAGACGAUCCUGCUGUGGAGUCUCAAGAGGCUGGACAUGAUCUGAAAAGACAGACGUGGAAAUGGGUGAUAAAGCAACAGGGUCCAAGGCUUAAUUCUACAAAUUCUACAUUCUCAAAGAGCGGAGAAGAGCAUACAUGUGAACAGAAAACAUAAUGAAGCAGUUUCAUGAUACUGUAUGUGCACAGAGAUCACACCGGUCGCGUGCAUACAGUCUAUGGCCGCGUGCCGGUUGCAGGAUAUUAAUGUCAU